AUGAAUAAUGCACUUGGCAAUAAUUCGAAAGCUGUUAAUACUGCUGAUGAUGAGGCCACAAUCUCUGGACAAAUGCGGACGAAUAAUGCUUCUUAUGCUAAUGUUACGCGCAGUUCAACUGUCAUUGCUUCAAGUAAGGCAACGAACACUGUCACUGAACGUGUACCGUCUAUCUCAGAUUCGCAAGAUAUUGCUCGAAGCCAUGUAGAACAAGGUGGUCUGUUGCGUUCUGGAAAGCGCCGAUUAGCACUCCCAUGCCCAAUCAUCACUGCACCUAACCGUACUUUAGAUGUUCCCCAACCGUCCAGCCCAGCAGUACCCUGCUGGGCUACGAUUUCCAAAGUCGAGCAAACUGUUCUUCUCAAGCCAAAGAAAGACCAGCCCGCUGAGGAAACGAAAAGUGACAUAUGUGCAGAAUCCGAUCCAGUAGCUUUCGCCGUGAAGGAUAUUUGGCUCAAGGAGAAUGGUGAAGUCGCCGUGAGGUGCGGAACAAGUGACUUUGCACUGAAUCUCGUCAAAGCAGCUGUUGCUGCGUUCUCGGGAAAAUACAACGUGGAAAUACAAAAACUGCUCAAGCCUAGAAUCAAAAUCAUCGGCUUCUCCGAGGAUAUGAGUGAGGAAGCUGUAGUAAUAAACCUGAAAAAACGGAACAGCUUAGAUGAUCAGUGCGAAUUGAAAGUUGUUCGAAUGACGAAAAACGAGAAACGAAACCAGAUGUCAGCCACUAUUGAAACAGAUGCCCGUGGUUAUGAUAUUCUGAUGAAACUUCAACGCGUAAAUCUGGGAUGGGAAAGGUGUAGAGUAAUCGACACAACCAAUGCUCUCCGUUGUUUUAAUUGCUCAGAAUUCCGGCACAAGGCAGUGGAUUGCAGAAAACCAGCGUGCUGCCCGAAAUGUGCCGGCCAUCACAUGGCAGAAGAGUGCAAAGCAGACUUUGUAAAGUGCAUUAAUUGCCAUCUGGAAAAUACCAAACGAGCCACAGGCGAAUUACUUAAUAUUGCCCAUGCUGCCUGGAGUAACGAAUGUCCACUUAACCGAAAACGUCUGAACAAAGCGAGACAAAGAAUCGACUUUUCAAGCUAG